AUGGGCCGGGCCGUGGCGGCGCUGGAGGGACGUGCGCGCUGGCUGCCGCGGGGGCCCCGCAGCGGCGCCCGGGAGCAGCCCCAGACCCAGCCGCGGGGCCGAUCUACUUUAAGGGUACCUGGACACAAGCCUACAGACUGGGAGAAAAGGUUUUUGUUGUGGGCAGGCCAUUUCAAAAAAGCAGAGGAUAUACCAGAGACUGUCUCGAUUGAAACAAUCAGAGCAGCAAAGACCACCUUGCGUGUGAAGUUCAGCUAUGUAAUGAUUGCCUUGACAAUCCUGGGCUGUGUGGUCAUGGUGAUUAGAGGGAAGCAGGCUGUGAAAAGGCAUGAAUCUCUUACAAGCAUAAACUUGGAGAAGAAAGCACAAUGGAGAGAGGAAGCUGUUCCAAGUACAUCUGCUAAACCCUAGAGGAAGAAGAAAGAAAGAAACCAAGAAGUGGGGAAGAAACAACAUAACUUUCAGCACU